AUGUGCAGGGUGCGACUUGUCCAGCGCGCCGUGAUAUCCCUCUCAGCUGAGCAGCUUGCCCUCGCUCAACAAGCGCACAGGGUGCUCGCCCGUCUCUCCAGCGACGUGAACCGAUCACCCAACUUUGGCGUUCAGUACACUGGCGGCAAGCUUUCCUAUUUAAGCUCACCCGCAUCGACUAUGACGGGAUCGUCGCAGGAGGAGGAAUCCACAGGGACAGGAAGUUCUAACUCACCAAAGGGGGCAGUUUGUGUCGACCCCUUCACCGACUUGGCUUUUGAUCCCAACCAGUCACCUAUUUGUGCCCUCUUUGUGAUUGCUCGUCUGCCGAGUAAGUUCUGUAGGCAACAGUCGCUAUUCUUGUGA